CAAUGCAGCGAAAGCAAGAGGAGAGGGAUGGAGAGCAGGAGCAGUAGUUUCUCCGCCGUCAUGGAGAAGCUAGCUGUGUAUUUGUGGAAAGUGGUUAGCUGCCUGGCGUCAUUGGUCCAGCUGCUUGUGGCUUGUCUUUGUGUGUCCGUUGGCAAAAUCUUGAUCUACCUCUUUCCCGAGAUGGUGAAGAAGUUCGUGCUGAAAAUGGGAUUGAAAAUCACCAUGUCACAAAACCCCAAGUUCAAAUAUGAAGACUGGGGGCCAACGUUCUUCAGCUUUCGCUUUCUCAAAGUCGUAAUGCAAAUCUUAAUCAUGAAUUGUGGAGAUGAUGCUUUCAAAGGUUAUCCCGCUCCCAACACACGGGUCAUCGAUUUGGAGAAUAAAGAACAUAAACUACUCGAUUUCGCGAAAGACAACAGACCACUGAUCUUGAAUUUUGGCAGCUGCUCCUGACCCCCAUUUCUUUUCAAGUUUGCUGAGUUCAAGCAGCUUGUUGAAGAAUUUACAUCUGUAGCUGAUUUCCUUAUUGUCUACAUACCAGAGGCUCAUGCCACAGAUGGCUGGGCUUUCAAAAACAACGUGGAUAUCAAACAGCAUCAGAGUUUAAGUGAGCGAUUGGAUUCAGCAAGGCUAUUGCUAAAUGAGAAGGCACAAUGUCCAGUGGUAGUGGACACUAUGGAUAAUACAUCUUGUGUCAAAUAUGCAGCUAUGCCAGAAAGACUCUAUGUGGUGCUCAAUGGCAAAGUCAUUUACAAGGGUGGAAGGGGGUCUUGGGGAUAUCAACUUGAAGAAGUACGAUUACUUUUACAAAAUCUAAAUAAAAACUCUGGUGGAACCACACUCAGCAGGAAGCUUUGAGAUGGUUUUCAUUGGCACUCUUAAAUGCAAACAAAUGAUAUAAUACAAGCAAAUCAAAUAAGGGUCUUUCCAUAUUUAUAAUUUCCUUAAAACUCGCACAACACCAGGUUAUAGUCCAACAGGUUUAAUUGGAAGCACCAGCUUUCGGAGCGCCGCUCCUUCUGGUGAUUGUGGAGUACACAAUUGUAAGACACAGAAUUUAUAGUAAAAGUUUACUGUGUGGUGUAACUAAAAUUAUACAUUGAAAAAUACCUUGAUUGUUUGUUAAGUCUCUCCCCUGUUGGAAUGACCAUGAUUAUUUCACUUCUUUCAUAUGUAAAUCACAAAACGUUUUAAAAAGUUACAUUCUCAGGUUAGCUGUAACAAUUGCUGUCAGCCAGAUGAGAUGUUGAAGGUGUUAGCCCCCUGUGUUCUGUUGUG